CUUCCCUUACCACGGACUGAAGUCGCUAUGUACGUCUGUGCCCUUACUUUCUAACACUCUUAAAAAAUAUACUUUGACACUCUGGUUGUUCUCCACAUUUGACGCUUUUGUGGAUAAAUGUUUUAGAAAAGACAAACUCAAUGGCCUCUGUGAACAUCAUCAGGACCAGAAUGGGAUCUAUAUGCUCGCCAAAUUUACAUCUAACAAUGAUGAAUGUCAUUAACCUUUGCAAAAAUAAAUGUUUUUCAAGACAUAUCAGUAAUAAGCUUGCUGUUCAUCAUCCCAUAUACAGAAGUGACCACAAACUAGUGCGAGUACCAGUCAUGCCACAAAGCACACUGUCAAGCGUUCCUCAACUUGAUAUUAUUGAAAGAGAAACAAAUGAAAAGUCAGUAGUAGAUGCCUCAGAAAUCUUGAGAAACCUAAGUACAGAAGACGCCAAAAAACUGAAAAUCAUCAAACUUGAAUUUGAGGUUUUGGGUCACAUGAAUGGAAUGUUCCUCUAAGCAGAGUCUGAGUGGAUCAGCCUUACUCUACAGGUUCCUCAAACAAUGACAGAUGCCCAGUGGUUGGUUGCCUUUGAGAAGGCAAGUAAACCUCAAAGACUUCAGUACUACAAGUUCUUGAAAAAAAAAGAAAAUUAUGUGAAAAAAGAAAAGGAGAAACAGCAACAGCGUCUCCAUCAACAACGGCAGCAGCAACAACAAGAAGGGGAUAAAAAGAAUGAUGAUAUUCCAGAAUCACCACAGUUAUCAUCAAAUAUCAUCAUGCAUGUUAGGAACAGAACAAUAGACAAGGCAGGAAAUUACAGGCUGGCAAAUGCAAUGAUGUAUGGUACUCCACUCAUAUUUGAUAUGGACUACGAACAGUUUAUGCGUGAUCAGGAUUGUUCAAAUCUGGUUGAUCAGCUUCUCAUGGUUCAUGGUAAAAAUCGUGACUCCAUGGAUCCUUUCCAUCUCAUCUUUACGUCACUCAAUCCAAAGGGAAAAGUAUUUCCUAUGAUGGAAAAAAGACUUUUACAAGGUCAACAUUUUCUUGCAACGGUCACUGAUAGGAGUUAUCUAGACUUAUUCCCAAGUGAAAAACUUGUGUAUCUGUCACCACAUGCACCAAAUGCAUUAAAAGAAGUGAGCAGUGAUGAUAUUUACAUUGUGGGAGGAUUCGUUGACAAGGCCUACGGAAAGCCUGUUUCUUUUGCCAGAGCCAAAGCACAAGGAAUCAGAUCAGCAAAACUGCCUUUGGAUCAUUUUCUUCUCUGGGGUUGUGGUUCUAAGAACUUAACAUUAGACCAGAUGAUGGGGAUUCUACUUGAACAGCGCCGCUCAAAGGAUUGGAACAAAGCAUUUAAAGAAGUUCCAAUCAGGAAAAUGAAACGGGAAGACAAAUGAUUGCUAAUAUGUAAGCAGGGAACUAUCUAGGUGUUUAUGUAUUUGGAAAAGCUAUUGAACCAUCAAGUGUGACACCUCUAUUCAAAUCUCAGUUUGCAGCUCAAGUGUCUACCUGCAUCAUAUAAAUAUAUAUAAAUAAAGGAAGCUGUUGCUGCCUUUUCAUGUACAAAGGUCUGUUAUUGCUGUAACACACUUAUUGCUUGAUCAAGCCAAUGAUCUCUUCUAUAGAGGAGAAGUUUUAGUUAUUGUACCCUUGAAGUGCAUGUCACUAUAUGAAUUGUGGUGUUAUCUGCUGAUUCUGCUGUGAAGAGUUUUAGUUUAAGAUGUUGUAUAAACAUGUGUGUAAAGAGUGCAGCAAAGCUGCAGCUUUAAGGAUGGAAGUGUAGGUGAUGAUGGAAAUAAAAAUAUUAAAUUACUGGCGUGUAAAAAAUUGGCUCAUUGCAUUCUCAUCUCUUUGUCUGAUAUAUACAUAUUUGCAUAUAAUGUAGAAAUGAUGCAAAAUAAAGCAAAAGAAAAAG